UGGAGGCGGCGGCGUGCAGCAGAAUUACAAGGAGAGGGAGACAGAGAGAGAGAGAGAGAGAGAGAGAGAGAGAGAGAGAGAGGGAGGCUGCGAGUCUGCGAGUCGAAGCACACGGGUAUUGUUACCUUCCGCUGGCUUUCUGCGAACAUUCGCUCCCUUUUAAAUGCCGUCUUCGGCAGGAGAGAGAGGCACAUCGUCACCCGUGUGACAACCCAGGCUUCCUGAAAACAUCUGCUUACCUGAAGGUCCGCUAGAUCGUGAGGACACACAUAUGUGCCAUCCAGGUAAAAAUGUGGAGAAGCUGAUAAGGACUACUGUGUAUGGUGUUCAAGUUGUGUUUUUGGAAAACCAAAAAUUAAAAGGGAGCCAUCAUGACGGUGUUUAGGCAAGAAAAUAUUGAAGAUUAUUAUGAGAUUGGAGAAGAGCUGGGAAGUGGACAGUUUGCAGUGGUGAAAAAAUGCAGAGAAAAAAGAAGUGGUGUGGAGUAUGCUGCAAAAUUUAUUAAAAAGAGGAGGAGCAAGUCUAGUCGGCGUGGUGUGACCAAAGAAGAUAUUGAGAGAGAAGUUAGCAUUCUCAAAGAGAUUCAGCACCCUAAUGUCAUCACUUUGCAUGAUGUAUUUGAAAAUAAAACGGAUGUAAUCUUAAUUCUGGAAUUAGUUGCAGGAGGAGAGCUUUUUGAUUUUCUGGCUGAAAAGGAGUCCCUUACAGAGGAGGAGGCUACAGAAUUUCUUAAACAAAUUCUAGAUGGAGUAUACUAUCUUCACUCAAAACAAAUUGCACAUUUUGAUUUGAAGCCAGAAAAUAUUAUGCUGCUAAAUCGCAAUGCCCUUCACCCUCGAAUUAAACUUAUUGACUUUGGAUUGGCACAUAAAAUUGACUUUGGCAAUGACUUUAAAAACAUAUUUGGAACACCAGAGUUUGUAGCUCCAGAGGUAGUAAAUUAUGAGCCUCUUGGUCUUGAAGCAGAUAUGUGGAGUAUUGGUGUGAUAACAUAUAUUCUACUAAGCGGAGCAUCGCCUUUCCUAGGUGAUAACAAGCAAGAAACAUUAGCAAAUGUGUCUGCUGUGAACUAUGAAUUUGAAGAAGAGUUCUUUAGCAACACAAGUGGUCUUGCAAAAGAUUUUAUAAGAAGACUUUUAAUUAAAGACCCGAAAAAGAGGAUGUCAAUUGAAGAAACUCUGCAGCAUCCAUGGAUUAAGCCCAAGGAUACACUUCAGGUUCUAAGUAGGAAGGCUUCUGCUGUAAAUAUGGAAAAACUGAAGAAGUUUGCAGCCAGGAGAAAAUGGAAGCAAUCUGUACGUUUAAUUUCAUUGUGCAACCGCCUUUCAAGAUCAUUCCUAUCUAGAAGUAAUAUCAGUGUUGCAAGGAGUGAAGAUACCCUGGAUGAAGAAGAUUCUUUUGUGAUGAAAGCAAUCAUUCAUGCUAUUAACGAUGACAAUGUGCCUGGAUUACAACAUUUACUUGGGUCAUUAACAAAUUAUGAUGUCAACCAGCCAAACAAACAUGGGACACCACCUUUGCUUAUAGCUGCUGGCUGUGGAAAUAUUCAGAUAUUAGAUUUGCUGAUGAAAAGGGGAGCCCAGAUUCAUGCUUUUGACAAGUCUGGUUCAAGUGCUGUUUAUUAUGCAGCAAGGCAUGGUCAUGUGGAAACAUUGAGAUUCCUACAUAAAAUGAAAUGCCCUCUGGAUAUUCAAGAUAAGUCUGGUGAAACUGCCCUUCAUGUAGCUGCUCGAUAUGGAAAUGUGGACGUUGUUACGUAUUUAUGCAGUGUCCAAGCUAAUCCAAACCUUCAAGAUCGAGAACAUGAAACUCCUCUACAUUGCGCUUCCUGGCAUGGUUAUUAUGCUGUUGCAAAAUCUCUUUGUCAAGCUGGUUGUAAUGUUAAUAUAAAAAAUAAAGAAGGAGAGACUCCUCUUCUCACAGCAUCUGCUAGAGGAUAUCGAGAUAUCGUUGAUUGUCUUGUGGACCAUGGGGCUGACCUUGAUUCAACGGACAAGGAUGGACAUAAUGCCCUUCACCUUGCUGUAAGAAGAUCUCAGAUUGAAAUUGUCAAGUGCCUAUUAAGACAUGACUGUUAUGUUGAUAUUCAAGAUCGCCAUGGCAACACGCCAUUGCACAUUGCCUGUAAAGAUGGCAAUCUGCCUGUUGUUCUGUCUCUUUGUGAUGCAAAAUGUAGUCUGGAUAUCCCAAACAAAUAUGGAAAAACCCCACUGCAUUUAGCAGCUCACAGUGGGAGCCUCGAAGUUGUCCGUCAUCUUUGUGCUGCUGGUGCAAAUAUAGAUGCCAUUACUGCAGAUGGAAAAACAGCAGAAGAUUUGGCAAGGAAUGAGCAUCAUGACCACAUUGCAAUCUUGCUUGGAAAACUUAAAAAGGAUUCACAUAAAGGAAUAUAUAUCCAGCAGCUUAGACAUACUCAGAAUCUGCAACCAAAAAUUAAAGUGAAGUUAUUUGGUCAUUCUGGUUCAGGAAAAACAACUCUUAUUGAGUCUCUUAAAUGUGGCCUUUUAAGAAGCUUUUUCAGGAGACGUCGGCCAAGACUAUCCUCAACAAAUUCUUCAAGAUUUCCACUUUCCCCGCUUUCUUCAAAGUCCUCAGUUUCAGUAAGUAUUUCAAAUCUCUAUCCUGGAUGUGAAAAUGUCAGUGUUAGAAGUCGGAGUAUGAUGUUUGAACCAAGUCUGACUAAAGGAGUCUUAGAGGUUUUCUCACCUUCCCAUAAUGCCCAUUCUACUGCUGAUGACCCGUCUACCAAAGCAAUUGAUAUUCAGAAUGCCAACAUCAAUGGAGUUGGUGAUUUUAGCGUAUGGGAAUUUUCUGGAAAUCCAGUUUAUUACUGUGCUUAUGACUAUUUUGCUGCAAAUGACACUACUGCUAUCCAUAUUGUAGCAUUCAGUUUAGAGGAACCGUAUGAAACACAGUUGAAUCAUGUGACCUUCUGGUUUAAUUUUCUUAAGUCAUUAAUGGUCCCAGAUGAUCUUACAGCAUUUGGUGGGAAGACCAAAAAUCCUUUAAGAGUUGUGCUUGUUGCCACACAUGCUGAUAUCGUCAAUUUACCACGAGCAUUUGGAGGAGAGUUUGGAUAUGAUAAGGAAAUUGCAUUAUUGAAAGAAGUAAGAAGCAGGUUUGGAAAUGAUCUUCUCAUAUCUGAACGACUAUUUGUUCUCGAUGCUGGAGCUUCUGGAUCCAAGGAUAUGAAACUACUAAGAAAUCAUUUGCUGGAAUUGAGAAAUGUUGUGAUAUCUUCUUGUCCUCCAAUGACUAUUCUUUGUGAGAAAAUUAUUUCCACUCUGCCGUUCUGGAGAAAAAUGAAUGGACCAAAUCAAGUAAUGUCAUGGCAGCAGUUUGUUUUUGAUGUUCAGGAGCGAAUUAACCCCUUAAUCAGUGAAGAUGACCUCCGAGAGAUAGCCUUGCAGUUACACAGUAUGGGAGAGAUCAACAUAAUGCAAAGUGAAACUGUUCAGGAUGUGGUGGUUCUUGAUCCAAGAUGGCUGUGCUCCAUGGUGCUUGGAAAGAUUCUUUCAGUUGAGAGCCCAAAAGCCAUACAUCAUUACAGAGGCCGCUACAGAAUAGAGGAAGUUCAAAAUCUUGUGGUGGACAGUGAUGUGGAUGAACUGAUUCAGAUCUUAGAUGCAAUGGAUAUCUGUGCCAGAGAUAUAAGCAGUCCUACUAUGGUGGAUAUUCCUGCUUUAAUCAAAACCAAUGGCCUGCACAGAUCUUGGACUGAGGAGGAUGACGAAGAGGAUACCUUAAUUUAUGGAGGGAUUAGAAUAGUCCCUGUUGAGCACCUUACCCCCUUCCCUUGUGGCAUUUUUCAUAAACUUCAGGUGAAUCUCUGUAGGUGGAGUCACCAACAGAAGCCAGAAGGAGAUGAAAUCAGACUGUGGACUAAUGGAUUAAAGCUGUCACAUGGAGGAGCAGAAGUAAUGGUAUUGUUGGUCAACAAUGGGCAAGGUAUUGAGAUUCAAGUUAGGGGAACAGAAACAGAAAAGAUUAAGUGUUACAUGCUCCUAGAUUUAAUUUGCAGCAUUAUUGACAAUCUGUUGACAGCAACACUUCCAGGGCUUCUUACUGUCAAACACUACCUGAGUCCCCAGCAACUGAGAGAGCAUCAUGAGCCAGUAAUGAUUUACCAACCACGGGAUUUCUUCAGGGCACAGGCCCAAAAGGAAACAUUCCUUACCAACACAAUGGGUGGCUACAAAGAAAGCUUUAGUAGUAUUCUUUGCUUUGGGUGUGUGGAGGUAUAUUAUCAUGGAAGCCUUGGAAUGGAUAUACAUAUAUCAGACAUUAGCCUUUUGGCUAGACGAAAACUUAGUCGCCUUUUGGACCCACAGGACGCAAUGGGCAAAGACUGGUGCCUCUUGGCUAUGAAUUUAGGUCUGACUGAUCUUGUUGCAAAGUACAGCACAAGCAAUGGAACUCAGCGGGACAACAAGUUCCAUCUCAGUCCUACAAGUAUUCUGAUUGAGGAAUGGAGCUCUAGUCCUGACAGCACAGUCGGUGCUUUUAUGGCAAAAUUAAGAGAGCUGGGACGCAGGGACGCAGCAGACUUUCUCUUAAAAUCAUCGACUGUUUUCAAAGUCAGCCCUGAAGUGUAUGGACAAGAAUCGUACUCCUCAAACUGCAAUGGUGGCACAUCCUAUAAUUCCAUUAGUUCAGUUGUGUCCCGAUAAUUUUUAUGAACAUUGAUGAAAAGAUGAAGUGCAAUCUCAGUGGAAUUCAAUGAUUUUAACUUGUCAUUUUUUAACAGCAAAUGUUAAACUUUUGUGGAGUUUUCAAGGGAAUUAACUUAUUUCAUACGUAUUGUGCCCUCCUAUAACUUCAGUUUUUUUUUUUUUACUGUAAUAUUUAUUUUCUGUUUCUCCUACAUCCUGUUUUAAUGAAGGAAAUCUUACAGCAGUUCUCUUUAUAUACAGUACUUGAAUGCAAUGCUAAACAAACACUGCCAGUUUUGAUACUUGUUCUUGUUUUCUCUGAGUGUGCUUUUUAAAACAAAAAAGGUCCAGGCACAUGUUUGAACUGUUAGUAAAUGGAGUAUUAAAUUCAUGUUUGGUAAUACGUGUUUAGUGAGAACUGCAAGUUACCAAAAGGAACAGAAACAAAAAAGGCAGAGCAGUUCUAAUUGCUAUACUGUAUAUGAGACACAUGCGAGUGCCUUUUAACUGUGAUGGUUUGCUGGGCCGGCCAACCAUCUUUUAACAUUAAAGUUCUCUCCUGUCCCAUCCACAAAUUCCUCUCACAUUUUUAAACUAUUAGGGUGUUCACGGAACGGCUUUCUGUGCUUUGCAGAAAUUACAGUUGUUUUUAAUUAUUUUAUCAGUUUCCUAUUUUUGCUAUUGUUUCUUGAAACAAAUAUUUAAUACAUUAUACAUUUUAUGUAAAGUAUAC